UGUUAGCGGUUUAGUUGGAGUUAAGCGCGCAUUCGGUAAACAUGUCGAAUUUCAAUCGGAUCUUGAGCGGCAGCAUUGUGAUCUGCCUGGCACUUGUCAAGUUUAGUGCGGUGGACGCUCAGGCCGGAACGGUGCACUGGAAUAACGGGAAUGCGGCUGGCGUGGGCGCCUAUUCGAACGCCCAGUCGGGUGGAAUGCAUCCGCCGGGCAGUCUGAGUGGCCAGGAUCCGCAGUACAGCUACGGCUAUGCCGGCAUCGAUUCGCGGGGCUCCUACGGCGGAGCGGGCGGCAAUGGUGGCUACUACGUGAGCGGCACAGACGAGCAUGGUCGCCCCUUCUCCUACGGCAACCAGGCCGGUCAGCCAGGACAGCUGGGACAGCCGGGCUACGUGGGCGGACGGCCGGAUCCCAACUAUCCGGGCUCCUACGGCUAUCAGAGCGGGGCAGCGGUCAUUAGCAGCCCAGUGGGCGCGACCUUGACCCUGGCGGCACUGGGAUUUACGCUGGCCACCAUGAGACUGUAAUGCGGUGUUUAUUGUGUUGAUCGGUUCUUUUUUUUUUACAUAGUUUCUAAGCCUAAUUUAUGUUACUUUUUUUAUUAUGUAAAUUUUUCAUUAAAUACAAAAACUGAAGAUCAA